AGCUCCGUCCCGGGUUACGCCCAAAUACACUACAGGCGAUGCGGGGCUCUGUGAUGGUCGUGGCGGUGGUGGCGACGGUGGCCGUGGCCUGGGCGGCACAGCUCCCCGGCAGGCAGGACGGCCAGCCCAUAGAGGCGCUGCAGCAGGCCCUGCACGACGCGGCGCUGUCAGGCUCGCUGGGCUCCGGCGAGGUGCAGUACCCCGCCGGCAGGCCCAACAUAUUCAAGACCCCGAGGGAGCUGCGGCAAUACCUCGAUGCCCUCAACGCCUACUUCGCUAUCGCCGGCAGACCGAGGUUCGGCAAGCGAGGGGACCACAUGCGCCCGGCUGAGGAGCUCUACGAUUACUGAGGCGCCGUGUGUUCAAAGUCCCGCCCACACACGCCUUUCCCUCGUUCCCUAAUCCCUUCCCAUGCACUUGGCCUUACCUGAGUAUUUUGCCUUGGUUAAACUUUUCCUACUUUCCUUCUCUACUUUGCUUUCCCUGAGUGUCUGCCAUUGCGUUAACUUUUCCUCCUCCUCCUUCUCCUCCUCCUCCACUUCCUUUCCCGUUUAUGGUGUCUCCAGUUUCCUCUUUAUGCACUUUCUUCUUCCUCUUCUUUCUUCCCCCGGUAUUCGUCCUUGCUUAGUUCUUCCUCCCCUUCGUCACUUUCACUUGCUCACUUUCGCCUUCACUCCCGUCUUUGCGCAUUCUCCUUUCCCUCCUCAGUGUUCGUCCUUGUUCAGUUCUUCCUCCUCUCUAUCAUUAUCAUCACGCGGCUCUACUUCUGUCUUCAUGCCCUUUCCUGGCCCUCUUCUUCCUUCCUUUCGUCAUUCUCAUUCGUACGUUUCCCUUCACUUCCUCCGCUGUCUUUUCUCGUGAGCUUUUCGCAUUACUUCGCGUGGCUGAUUUUUUUUCAAGCUUUGAUUUACACCACACUCCCUGCCGCGCCCCUCACAGUCACUACCUCCCCUGCUUCACCUGGUCACCUCCCUGCCAUCAUCUGUACCCUUCCACUCUUGCGACCACUACGUUUCCUGCUGCCAAAACCACCGCUUGUCUUUGCACUCCCUUUUCAUCGCCAUCUGUACCCUUCCACUUCUGCGACCACUACGUUUCCAGCUGCCAAAAUCUCAUCUCAUCUUUGCACCCUCCCUUCCCCGCCAUCUCCACCCUUCCACUCUUGCGACCACUACGUUUCCAGCUGCCAAAGCCUCUUCUUGUUUUAGCACUCUCCCUUCUCCGCCACUAACCUCCCUCCCAUGCACGACCCUCCUGUUCCGGUCCCUUCCAGUCACGAGAGGCGAGCGGUGACGACCCAACCGCUUCAGGUAGUUUUAAGAGGACGAGGAUGAGGGCGUGUCUCAAGGUGUCGCUCGAAGAAGGGAACUCAGUAUGAAGCCCAACGCUGCCCCACGAAGCCUCAAGAAGCUCUCAAAGAACACCUCUACUCGCGUUCGCAUCAAGGUCGUCGAAAAAGAAGAAAUUAAGUGGCGUUCUCAUCCCUCGAAGUCAAAUAAAGGUUCCUCCCACACUCACACCACUCCAGGUCUACAUGUAAGGACUCCAGCCACGGUCCCAGCACACGAGGUCAUUACUCCCAGCUCUCAAAGUCGCCUAAGAACUUCUAUGUCGUAAUCGGAGAGGUCAUGGAUUCAAGUCGCCCGCAGAAGAAGCCCUCAAGCCCUGGUCUCGCCCCGAACACACGCUACAUCAACAGCUACACACAUAAUACUGUACUGACAUCAACUUCUUACCUAAGCAUCUAGGCGCACGCUGGCUAUGUGUCCGUGUGUCUGUGGCGUGGCGAGGCGUGGUGUGGUGUGGUAAAAGAUACUGGCUGACUUGGUGUGUCUCCCGCCCGUGUAUCCGCCUUGAACCCGUGAAAUAAAGAUAUUAUGGUCUGAAA